UUUCCUUCACGGAAAAGCGUCUAUAUUUCACACGUUACACAAGCGGCACAACGGCAUAGAUACGGUACAUAACCAGGACGUCAGGACGAGCAGAGAUCAAUCAGAAGAGACCCAAACAGUGAUAUAACACGACUGUAACUCUCUAGAAGAGCUAAUAUCCCGUCCAGAAGCGUACAGAUUUAAAAAUAUGCUCGUUAGCAAACUAGCUUUGAAUCCCGCCUUGUGCGGCACAGCUCUCCGCUUCACUACUGCAGUCACUGGGUUUCAAAGGCAUGUCGGCGAUACAGCCCUCAGAAAUGCUCGCUUUUAUGCGACCCAAACCGCCGAGGCUGUGCUGGAUAAGGCAGAGGUGGGCAGCACGAAGGCAGUGAAGGCUAAAGCUGAGAAGGGCAUCGAAGCUGUGGAGUCCAAAUCUUUUGCUGUUAACAUGUUUAAGGGACAGAUCACCACGGCACAAGUCUUCCCCUAUCCUUCAGUGCUGAAUGAAGAACAGACUCAGUUCCUGCAGGAACUGGUUCCUCCAGUCACAAAAUUCUUCAAUGAGGUGAAUGACCCAGCGAAGAAUGACGCUCUGGAAAUGGUGGAGGAUCACACUAUGGAGGGGCUGAAGGAGAUGGGAGCCUUUGGGCUGCAGGUGCCCGCUGAGCUGGGAGGACUGGGACUCACCAACACACAGUAUGCCAGGCUGGUGGAGAUUGUGGGCAUGCAUGAUCUGGGUGUUGGCAUUACACUGGGUGCCCACCAGUCAAUCGGAUUUAAGGGCAUAUUGCUGUUUGGCAAUCCUCAGCAGAAAGAGAAAUACCUGCCCAAACUGGCAUCAGGUGAGACAAUAGCAGCGUUCUGUUUGACAGAACCAGCCAGUGGUUCUGAUGCCGCGUCCAUUAAGACCACAGCCGUGCUCUCUGACUGUGGGACAUACUACGCUCUCAAUGGAAGCAAGAUCUGGAUCAGUAACGGUGGGCUCGCUGAGAUCUUCACGGUGUUUGCCAAGACCCCUGUGAAGGAUGAGAAAACUGGAGAGAUGAAGGACAAAAUCACAGCUUUCAUCGUGGAGAGAAGCUUCGGAGGAGUCACACAUGGUCCUCCAGAGAAGAAGAUGGGCAUUAAGGCGUCUAACACCGCAGAGGUGUAUUAUGAGAAUGUACGCGUGCCUGUUGAGAAUGUGCUGGGGGAGGUUGGAGGCGGUUUUAAAGUGGCUAUGAACAUCUUGAACAAUGGGCGUUUCGGCAUGGCUGCUGCACUCUCUGGAACUAUGAAGGGAGUCAUUGCUAAAGCGGUGGAUCAUGCUGCUAACAGGACUCAGUUUGGAAGUAAGAUCCACACAUAUGGUGCUAUUCAAGAGAAGAUUGCACGCAUGACUGUCCUGCACUAUGUCACUGAGUCUAUGGCGUACAUGGUCAGUGGGAACAUGGACAGUGGAGCUUCAGAGUUCCAGAUUGAAGCCGCCAUCAGCAAGAUCUUUGCAUCUGAGGCAGCGUGGGACGUUACAGACGAGUGCGUCCAAGUGAUGGGAGGAAUGGGCUUUAUGAAGGAUGCUGGUGUUGAGAGGGUAAUGAGGGAUCUGAGAAUCUUCAGGAUCUUUGAAGGGACCAAUGACAUCCUGAGACUGUUUGUGGCUCUCAAUGGCUUCCAGAAUGCAGGAAACCAUCUGAAGAAUUUACAGAGAGCCCUGAAGAACCCGCUUGGCAAUGCUGGACUGCUCACAGGAGAGAUGACUAAAAGAGCUAAGAGGAUGGCAGGUAUGGGCACAGGGUUGACUCUGUCUGGAUCAGUUCACCCAGAGCUGUCUCACAGUGGAGAUCUGGCAGUGAAGGCUGUAGAGCACUUUGGAGUGACUGUUGAAGAGCUCCUGCUGAAACAUGGCAAAAAGAUCAUCAAUGAACAGUUUGUAUUGAAGAGAGUUGCAGACAGUGCCAUUGACCUGUAUACUAUGGUUGUAGUGCUGUCUAGGGCAUCCCGUUCACUCAGUCAGGGCCUCCCAUCGGCACAACAUGAAAAGAUACUGUGUGAAACCUGGUGUAUGGAGGCACAUGACAGGAUCAUGCUGAAUGUCAAGACUCUUAAAUCCAGCUCUAGCAAACAGCUCUUCAGAAACUUGAGAGACGUCUCCAUGUCUGUGGUUGAAAAUGGUGGGGUUGUGGCCCCCCAUCCUCUCGGCUUCUAAACAUGCAGACGCACGUGAAGAAACAACUAGCCUUUCAUCAGCAACAUGACAAUGCAAGCUUAUACAGUUAAUGUGUUAUGCGAAAUUCAAUUUACUGUCUAAAUUUGAACCCAUUGGACCCUUAUACGAUUCCAUUUAUUGAAAAACCUUCUUUCAGUUCAUCUAUUCAGUGCCUCUUACGAAAUGCUAAUUUAGAGCUAACUGAUUUAAGCAGCUUAUAGCUGACAUGAAACGGUGGAAGGGCAGGACUUCAUUUUAUCCUUUAGAAAUUGAUUGAUGAAAAGUGGACAGGUGGUUGGAGGGGCUGAAAAUAAGAGGGAUUGGUAAAGGAAAAGGAAAUACAUUUCAGCAAGUUAUUACAUUUUGAUGAAAGAUUACGAUAAAGACUUUAUUUCUUUGGAAUAACUUGAUACAUGGUAUUGGCAUUUAUUGUAAUGAUGUCACAAUAUCUAAGGAUGUACAUACCAACAAAAAACUACCAAACAGUAAGUACAAUGGUCCUUUUUUUUUUUGGGAUAUUUCUAGUUAAGAAUGUGAGCUGAAUGCUUUAAUUGAACAAAGUGCUUUCUAAUUUUGACGUUAUUGCUCCGCUGUAACAGUAUAACAGAUUUUUAGUCAGGCAUUAUGAACAUCUAUCCCUUGGGGUCCAAGGAGAUUAUAGUUUUGAUAGGGGGUUGAAUUUUGCACAACACAGACUGCCGGUUCAGUUGUAUUCAGACCCAUUCUAAUUCUGCAAUAGUUCAAUGCCUUAAAAAUUAGCCUAGCUAACUGUAAUAUAACCUGAAUGCUAACCUGCAUGUAAUUCGCUCUUUGCUAUGGUUUUAACCUUCCAGCAGUUUGUAAAUGUUCAUUUGUGUUUAGUUAUUUUGGCAUACAGAUAUUCACAGGUGUCUCAGGCUCAGCAGGUCUCUUCUCGACCUCCUCUUAUUUCAUUGAAUCUGCACAUAUUCCUGUCAUUUGAUCACCAUCUCUUCCAGGACAAUGCCAUGAUUUCUUGUUUGAUUUGAUUUCUCAUACACCCGAGUUUAAACAUUCAUACGUUUACUCGUGUCCACACUGCACAAAAGUGUGCCUGGCAACUAGAAAUACCAGGGACUAAAAAUGCAACGUUUUUCAUUUAGGUUCUGAGCAAACACAGUAUAUUUAUUUUGUUCCGGUUCAGAAGUUCUGCAGUUUCCUUUUCAAAUGGUAACCGGUUAGAACAAAAUAAAAGAAAUGUUAAUAAUGUUCUUUUUCAAAUGACAAAGGGGUGGGUGAAACACCAGUUGCACUGUUGCCAGAUCUUCCAAGAUUACAAGCAACCUGGUCUGAAAAAACAAGCCCAAAAUCAGCCACUUGCCUCUCAAAAAUAAGCGAAAAGAAGAUAUUAAAUGUUUUCUGGUGUGGUGGAUUUCUCAGCAUAGAAAUAAUAACAGCAUACAGUUAAUUACCAGUUAAGUAUAAUUUUAAUUACAGAUCUGCUUAUUAGUCAAAUCCCAACAGCAUCAAAUCUGUAUUAAUGCAUCAUAUCUAACAAUAAUUCACUGAAGACUUGGAAACAACUGAGAAAUGUACUUUUAACCUCUAAUACAUUUUUCAUUGUAUCUGGAUUAGCCGUGCAUGUAUAUGUACUAAUUAUACAUUGUUGUUAAAAAGGUCUUCAUUCAAUGCUUCAUCCGCAACGUGCAUUAAGGCAAAUAAAUGUGUGAUGUUGCGGUUUCCUUCAUGAUCAAAUCACAUGUUUUUUCAGGCAACAUGAAGUGUAGUUCCAAAAAUGUACUGUGAUAAACCCUUUGACUUCAUAAAAAAAUUACCCAGUUAUAACUGGUUACUAGCAUUUAAAAAGAAAGUUUUUACACUGGAACAUCUGAAAAUUACAUGGUAACCAUUUUUAGUCCCUGAGAAAAAGGUUUUUCAUAUUUAUGUAACAACAGAUCAAUGCUAAUGGAUUCAGUACAAAACAAUUAAAUAAAAUCAUGUAACAUGUU